UUUAGAUAAUUUGUAGAACAUUUAAAAAUGCAAUUUGCAAUCACAACAACAAAUAGUUGUUGUCAAAGAGUUCCGAAAGAGCGUAUGAGAUAGUAGCGAGAGCGCACUAAAGAGAAAGAGAGUCAAACAAAUUGCUUUGACUAUCUCCACGUUCAGGUUCGCGUUUUAAAAUAACACUGUUGUCUGGCAUUGGCACUCUGAGACAGCCCACUUCUCCUGGAAAUGGCGCGUCUUAUUGAAAGCAAUAUUGUGCCCAUUGCUGUGGGCGUGGUAGCCGUAGUCGCUGGCGCUUUGAUCGUUCAUUAUUUUCUAAACAAGAAGAAGACGCAGCCACGUCGGGAACCAAAUCGCACCGCUCGACUACGCACAUUGGUCGAUCCUAAUGAUAAGUACCAGUUGCCGUUGAUUGAGAAGGAAAUACUUAGCCAUGAUACGCGACGCUUUCGUUUUGGCCUGCCCUCCAAGCAGCAUGUGCUGGGUCUGCCCGUUGGUCAGCAUAUCCAUCUAAUAGCUACCAUUGACAGCGAGCUUGUUAUACGGCCGUAUACGCCCAUAUCAUCGGAUGACGAUGUUGGCUAUGUAGAUCUAAUUAUAAAGGUUUACUUUAAGGACACACAUCCCAAGUUCCCAGCUGGCGGCAAAAUGACUCAGCAUUUAGAACAAAUGGAGGUGGGCGACAAAAUAUCGUUCCGUGGUCCCUCCGGACGUCUGCAAUAUAUGGGCAACGGCGCUUUCUCCAUCAAGAAACUGCGUAAGGAUCCGCCCAAGCACGUGACGGCCAAGCGUGUGAACAUGAUUGCAGGCGGCUCUGGUAUUACGCCCAUGUAUCAGCUGGCGCGUGAGGUACUCAAGCGCAGUGAUAAGGACAAAACCGAGCUGUCGCUGGUCUUUGCCAAUCAGAGCGAAAAGGACAUUUUGCUGCGCGAGGAACUGGAUGAGCUGGCCAAGAACUAUCCCGAUCAAUUCAAAGUCUGGUAUACUGUGGAUAAAGCAGUCGAAGCCACUCUCAAACGGAUGCCACGCACGGCGCACGAGCGUUUUUUAGCCUGGUCUUAUAAUACAGGCCAUGUGAACGAUGAGAUGAUGAAGCUACAUCUAUUUCCGCCCGAUCCACAAACGCUUUGUCUACUAUGCGGUCCACCGCCCAUGGUCAACUAUACGUGCAUACCGGGCUUGGAGCGUUUGGGUCAUCAUUCGGAUCAACGUUUUAGCUACUAACAAUAAGUAACAGGCUGGAACUAUAGUGUUGGAUUUAUUAAUGAUGAAAUGCUUGGCGCUCAUCUCUUGCCUGCCAGUGAAGACACAAUUGUGCUGCUUUGCGG